AUGUGGCCGAACAGCCUCGGGGGAAGCUCCGGUUGCAGCGGAAGCGCCGGUGCGACCGAUCUCGGGGGCCUGACGGCCUCCACCGCGUCGCCGCCGGACCUCUUCGGGCCCGGCGGGUUCGGGGCCUCGGCGGCCGGGCCCUACGGGGCCCUCAAGACCAACCCCUACGUCAGCGCCCUCGGGAUGCCCCCCAUCGAGGCGCUCCACUCCACCAUCGGCUACCCCGGGUGCACUCCCGCCGGUGAGUCCUACUACUGUAAUCCGAGGAAGCAGCGCCGGGAACGGACGACCUUUACCAGAGCGCAGCUCGACGUGUUGGAAGGAUUGUUCGCCAAGACAAGGUAUCCCGACAUCUUCAUGCGAGAGGAAGUCGCCUUGAAGAUCAACUUGCCGGAGUCAAGAGUCCAGGUUUGGUUCAAGAACCGACGAGCCAAAUGCCGGCAGCAGCAAAAGCAGCAACAACAGCAACAGGACAAAGCCCCGAGGUCGAAGAAACCCUCCGGAAACCCCGCCAGCAAUCCACCCCCGGGGAAGAGUCCGUCGAUAGCCACCACUCCCACGCCGGCGGCCGCGGUGCCCGCGACCACUCCGCUAAGCGGCGGGACCAGCGGGUCCGCGGCGAGUUCGCCAGCUCUUUUGAGGGAUUCUCCUCAGUACAAGCCGGCAGGGAGCGCCACCGGCUUACUUCUGACGGCUAGCACGACUCCACCGAGCCUGGGCGGAACGGUCUACAGCAGCGGAGGUAGCAGCAACAGCAUCUGGAGUCCGGCGGUGACGGAGGGAGGCGGGGGAUUUCCAGGGGACCAUCAAAGAUUAGCAUGGACGACUACCUCCCAGCAACAGUGUUACCAGAAUUACUCGUCCUACUACACCAAUAUGGAUUACCUAUCGCCUGCAACGCAUCAACUCAACGUUGUGGAUGGCGGGGGCAGUGGACUCGACAAUACAUGGAGUAAAACGAGGGAUGAAAGCGCAUCUUCUUGGUUCUACAAUAGUGCCGGAUGGGGCGAUCGGAAAUGAAGAAUUCUCGGGUCCGCCAGAUCUCAAAAGGCCUAGUAACAUAUCAUCGACAAUAGGAACGACGUCUUUGUCCCGCAAUUCUUGUUGUUAGUCACGUGCAACGCAGUGCCAAAUGUGGCCAAAAGUAUAUCAUAUUUUUCACCGAUUAUUCACUCGCGGGCCUGUAGAAAACAUAUCGAGAGGGGCCCAACCAAGGGGCGGAUCUUCAUUUUAAUGAUCCGAAAGUGCGUUUGUCGUCCUUGCUUCGGCUCACAGAAAAAAGAGAGGAGCCGACGUCACCGGAAGUUAAGAUGGUUGUAUACCUUUUAUAAAAGCGGGAACCUCGUUACUUUACCUUAUGCGAAUUUUUAGUCUUUGCAAAUGACACGGCGCAUAUUAGCUUGCAGACAAAAAUUUGCCGUUUCGGAAAUACUCUGUCCCCUCGCAAGGUGGUUUUGUUGAGCCAUGUUUACCGAUCUCUCUCUCUCUCUCUCUCUCUCCGGACUCGUUUAUUUACAAAGAGCCUUAGUAAGGUGUGACGAUGAGCAACACUGCGAGAUAAAAUGUAAUCGAUGUUAAACGCUGUACGCGUGUCUUUCAAUUCCAGUUGGUCAACGUUUGUUAUCGCAGAGAUGGCCGUUGCUUUGACGUUCCGACGCAUUUUAGAAUUGUGUAGGGAAUCUUAGGUUCUCGUGAAAAUCGAUUUACCCGCUCGUCGGUGGAGCUUGAGCCACCGUACCGUUUUUGGUCGAGAUACUAAUAGAUAUUGGCUAAACAGCGAGUUCCUACCAGAAGCAACAAUUUUCAUGCUGCGAAACGUUGGAACAAAACAUUGAAACCCCUCGCUAAUUAGAACUUGGACCUAGAACACUGCGGAUAAUUUAGUGUCGAAGAUGGCUUUUUCUUCCGAUCAUUAUCGAAGAACUUGUACGAUGUUCCGCUGUCUCCUUUACGUAUGCUACGUCAUCUUUCACUGGUUUCUAGUCAUUACGAGCAGAGCAUUCCGAUCCCCGGAGAGAUCGACCGUAAGUAAAUCACCCGAUUAGAUUUCGAAAUUCGCUCGUUUUAGGCGUAAAGACCGUAAAGGACCGAUACGUCGUUUCGUCUAAUGCCGAUUUAAAGGAAAUCCUUCCCCUUGCAUUAUUCACUUUCUUCGCCAGUUGAAGAUAAAAACUACAAAAAAAGUAUUCGGGAACACUAGCGUAAACGAAACACGUGAAAGGUAAUUCGCAAUCGGCAUGUGAGUAAUGCGCGAAUCUUUCGAAAUGCCCGAAUAGCGUGUCAUUCCGGCGUAACGAUUACGAUGACGAGCUAACGACGACGAGUAUAUUAAAGAGGCCAAAUAUACCAAUACUUGAGUAGAUAAGGUUAGUGUAUAUAAUAUAAAUAAGGAUCUUUACAAGAAGAUAAUCUAGUUAGAUCGAAUUCACGAAGAAACGAAAAUCUUUUAGUCUCCUUUGUGGCGUAACGCGAUUCGUGUACAUACGUUUCGAGGAAUUUCUGUCUGGAUAUGUAAUACGAUUGUCGCGAUGAAUUCGAGUUUCUGUUUACAUCUGA